UCUAAACCUCUUUCUUCAGUUAUUUUCCCUCCAUUGAAAGUUUCUGCAUGGACACCAUUAUAAAAUUAUUUUCUCUCACAAGAUCCUUCAGUAGUACAAAAUCUUUGAGACAAAUUCAAGAACUUCAUCAGAAAGCUAUCUCUUUUGGCUUACAGAACAACAUAGCCUUAUGCAAAAACCUAAUCAAUCUAUAUAUCUCAGGAGACGCAUAUCAAUCUGCCAUUUUAGUGUUUCGAAAUAUAGAAAGCCCACUAGAUAUCACGUUAUGGAAUGGUUUAAUGGCGGCAUGUGCAAAGAACUCCAUGUUUUCGGAGGCUUUGUCAUUGUUUGAAAGUUUGCUGCAAUUCCCUUAUUUGAAACCGGAUAGUUACACGUAUCCGAGUGUGUUGAAGGCUUGUGGUGGACUGAGGAGAGUAGAUUAUGGGGAAAAGAUUCAUAACCAUUUGAUGAAGAUUGGGUUUUUGUCAGAUGUUGUUAUUGCCAGCUCUUUGAUCGGCGUGUAUGCCAAGUGUGGUCUGUUUGCCUCAGCUGUGAAGCUGUUUGACGAAAUGCCUGAGAGAGAUUUGGCGUGUUGGAAUAAUGUCAUUUCUUGUUAUUAUCAAAGCGGGCAGUGCCAAAAGGCGUUGGAAUAUUAUGAGAGGAUGAGGAGCAAUGGUUUGAGGCCUGACUCGGUGUCGUUUACAACAGCAAUUUCUUCAUGUGCAAGGCUGUUGGAUUUGGAAAGAGGACAGAGAAUUCAUGAAGAAGUGUUGAGGAGCGGGCUUGUGAUGGAUGCUUAUGUGAGUGCUACUCUUGUGGAUAUGUAUGGGAAAUGUGGCUGCUUAGAGAGGGCUAAAGAGGUGUUUGAUGAAAUUAGGAACAAGAGCUUGGUUUCUUGGAAUGCAAUGAUUGGAGGUUACAGUCAGGUUGGGGACAGUGUAUCAUGCAUUGAACUUUUAGUGAGGAUGAAUGAAGAGAAAGUGAGACCUAGUUCAACAACCAUAAGCAGCUUGUUGGUGGCUUGUGCUAAAUCAGCACAACUGCAACAUGGAAAAUUUCUUCAUGGCUAUAUUAUGAGGAAUAAUGUGAGAAGUGAUAUCUUUGUUGAAAGCUCACUAGUUGAUUUGUACUUCAAGUGCGGUAGUGUUGCACUAGCUGAAAGGGUUUUCCAUAUGAUGCCAAAAUCAAGUGUUGUUGCUUGGAACGUUAUGAUUUCUGGUUAUGUAUCAGCAGGCUGUUACUUUGAAGCACUUAGCAUAUAUGAUGAGAUGAGAGAAGCAGGUAUAAGUCCUGAUGCAAUUACAUUCACUAGUGCAGUGGCAGCUUGUUCACAAUUGGCUGCCCUGGAGAGGGGCAAAGAGCUCCACAAGUGCAUCAUUGAAUGUAGGUUGAAUUCCAAUGAAGUAUUAAUGGGAGCCCUUCUGGAUAUGUAUGCUAAGUGUGGUGCUGUUGAACAAGCUGCAAGUAUAUUUAAUCAGUUAUCUACAAGAGAUUUAGUUUCAUGGACUUCAAUGAUUGUGGCCUAUGGUUCUCAUGGUCAAGCAUUUGAAGCCUUGAAGCUUUUUGAUGAAAUGUUGCUAAAACAUAUAAGACCAGAUAGAGUCACCUUCCUUGCAGUAAUUUCCGCUUGCAGCCAUGCAGGGUUGGUCGAUGAGGGGCAACAUUACUUUAAUUUAAUGGUACAUGACUAUGGUAUCAAACCUACAACGGCAGAGUACUCAUGUCUUAUAGAUCUUUUGGGUCGUGCUGGGAGAUUACGUGAAGCUUACGAGAUUCUCCAGAAAAACUCUUUGAUUAAAGAGGACGCGGACUUGUUAAGCACACUAUUUGCUGCAUGCCAUUUGCAUGGGGAACUCAACUUAGGGGAGAAAAUUGCAAAUAUCCUUAUUGAGAAGGAUCCAGAUGAUCCAUCAACAUAUGUCGUUCUUGAAAAGAUGUAUGCUUCUACCAAGAAGUGGGAUAAGGCUCGCAAAAUGAGAUUCAAAAUGAAAGAGUUAGGCUUGAAGAAGAACCCUGGCUGCAGCUGGAUUGAAGUUGAUAAGAGAAUUCAGUCCUUCUUAGCAGAAGAUAAAAAAUUUCCACAAGCAGAGUCUGUUUAUGACUGUUUAUCCUUGAUAUACGACCAGAUGGAGAAGGAUGAAAUGGUAGCCAAAGUUUUGUAGAGGACAGAAUGCUGUCUAAGAGUCCCAGUGCUGUACAGAUGUGCAAUGAGUUUCUCAAAUCAGGUUCCCUUUUCCAAGAUGCAGUUUCAGAAACACAACAAAUUAGAAUAUCUUGAAACUAGUUUUCUUGAACUAACUAGACUGUAGUCAUAAUAUGGAUUGAAGGCCUGUUGCUGACAUCAGCCAGGCUUUAGAAUGAAGACUAGGCAAUUAAUUGCCUAAACACUGAAGGUGUAGACAUUCCAAGACCGUGUAAUGAUUCCAAAUCGUUGAAGGAUACGAUACACUGGCAAUCGCAACACAUGGCAGGAAAUUGAUCCGAUGCGUGAAGAAAGCAAACAAAAGUACGUCUCUGCUAAAUUCAUACAGAAAACUGUGAUCCCAUAGUGCAAUAUCUCUGCUUGGUAUUUCAGCGUAUGGGGGCUUCAAAUGUGAGAAGCUCAUUUUGGAGUAAAGUCCAGAUGGUUAAACAAAAAAGCAACGUGAGAUGCAGCAUUGCCGGCACAUAUGCCUUGCUUCUGUCAAAAGGCCACAUGCUCGAAAGGAACGAAAUCCAUGAGAGUCUCCUGGCUUAUAAAUGACAUUGUUGCAGCAGCUGAUCUUAUUGGUAUGAUCACUUCCGUGGAAAUCUGAAGACGACUUCUAUUCCAAUAUGCCAAGUAUGUUUGAAUUACAUUGCAAGAUUGUCUUGAGCAAUUUACUCCAAUAUGCUGAUUAUGGCUGAAUUACAUUGCAAGCUUCAAGACAAUCAUACAGCCAGAGAUAGAUCCACCCGGUUCAGGAUUUUCUUUCUUUCUUUUUUUGGUCUCAUUCUUUUAACCAAGCGUGGCUGUUUGUCCCAUGCGUGCUACUGUAUAGACUAUUUGAAGGUCUAAAAGGAACAUAAGACUGGAAUCGUCCAACAUCGAAAUUGACAUAAUACCAAGUGGAGCCGGCGCGGUUUGAAGCUGGACUCGGGCUCGAGUUCUUUGAGUUCAAGUCAAGCGUACUCGAGCUCAGCUAAGAAAAGUUUUGUGCUCAAGCUUUUUCUGUUUUUAAACAUUUAUAUAUUGAGCUUUAUUUUUUAGUAUUAUUAUAUAUUUAACU